AAUCAAUGUGUCAAGUCAAUGAAAUUUUUGACGUUUUGCAAAAGAAAUUUUUUAGCCAAUUUAGCAAAUUGAUUUUUUUAUUUGUCUUUGAGAGGAAAAAUGACUGAAGAAUACCGCCUUAGCCAUCGUUCCAAGAAGCGUGUGCGGGAAACAAAGCGAAAGGCACGUCCAGAGCUAAAUGAUAAGGGGGCGUGGAGUCAGCUGGGCUAUGCGGAGAAUUUUGAGCCUUUCCGGCAAUUUACGGACAAUGUGGAGCGCAUUAGGGCGUCAGAGGUGGAUUGUCAGCAAUUCAUCCGGAACUACGAGGCGCCGUAUAAGCCGGUCGUGAUUGAGGGGCUGCAGGAGGGAUGGAAGGCGCUGGAGAAGUGGACGAUGCAGCGUCUGGCAAAGAAGUAUCGGAAUCAGCGCUUCAAGUGCGGCGAGGACAACGAGGGGUACAGCGUGAAGAUGAAGAUGAAGUACUACAUUGACUACAUGCGCACCACACGCGACGAUAGCCCCCUUUACAUCUUCGACAGUGGCUUCGGGGAGCACCAUCGACGGAGGAAGCUCUUGGAGGAUUACACGGUGCCAAAAUACUUUAGGGAUGAUCUGUUUAAGUAUGCCGGAGAGAGGAGGCGUCCUCCGUACAGGUGGUUCGUCAUGGGGCCCGCACGUUCCGGGACGGGGAUUCACAUUGAUCCCCUGGGGACGAGUGCAUGGAAUGCCCUUGUGGUGGGGCACAAACGAUGGUGUUUAUUCCCAACGCAUACCCCCAAGGAACUCAUCAAGGUACUCGGCUGCGAUGGUGGGAAGCAGCGUGAUGAGGCAAUUACGUGGUUCCGCGUGAUCUAUCCAAAGACCAAGGAUCCCUCGUGGCCACAGGAUUGCAAACCGGUGGAGAUUCUGCAGAAGCCAGGUGAGACGGUUUUCGUGCCCGGCGGUUGGUGGCAUGUGGUGCUAAAUCUCGACGAUACAAUCGCCGUAACGCAGAACUUCUGCAGCAAAACCAAUUUCCCCGUUGUGUGGCACAAAACAGUCCGCGGGAGACCCAAAUUAUCCCGCAAGUGGCAGAAGGUUCUCCAGGAUAAGGAACCGGAACUGGCAAAGAUUGCGUCUGAAGUUAACUUGCAGGAGAGCACGGGUGUUGCGUCCGACAGCUCCAGCAACAGCAGCUCCUCAUCCAGCUCGGAUUCGAGUGACGAUGAGAGUGAUUCAAAAUCAUCCGACAGUGGCCAGGAGAGUCUCACUGCCCACAAGAAGAAGAAGCGGCGACUUGCGGAUGAUGGGAAUACGCCAAACUAAAAAAAAAGAAGAAAAUAAAGUAGUUUCAUCAUGAUUUUUGGGAAUUAUUUCGCGGGUGACUUUUUAUAUAAUAUAUAUUGUACACACCGACAAUAUGAAAUGAAUUAAUUAAUUACAUUAGCUGUGUAUAAAUAUUUAAGAGAAAGAAUGAGGAAAGUAUUCACACAGA